AUGGAGAAAGCAAGCCAUGUCCACUUGCGUCCUCACCAUCUGAGGGAAGAUGGAAAUAUCAGUCCAGAGGCUCUCUCCUGCAAAGUACGACAUGCUAUCACGUCGGUAGGAAAUCGAACGGCACCCGAUCUCGAGAGGAUAAGAGCAGAGUUCCUGAAGAACUUUCCGCCACUACUCAUCAACACUCUUGCGAGGCUCUUUACACGUUACCUGUCGAAAUGCAAGGUUCCUAAACAGUGGAAGACCAGCAAGCGUUGUUGUAUAAAAAGGGAGAUCCACAUAACAUUGGCAAAUAUCGCCGACUCUGAUUACUGUCCGUCAUCUACAAGCUCUUUACAAAAGUGA